AUGUUUUCCACUAGACUAGGAAUAUUACGUUCUUCUCCCACAUCAAUAUUAAUAAGAAACACAGUUAAGUCGAAUCUAAGGGCACAGGCACGAAAUUUUGCAACUCAACAGAAGAAUGUACCCAAGAAGAGCGGCAUUAAGGCAUUGAUGUCUAAAUAUGGGUCUACUGCUUUGGUGGUGUAUCUCGGAAUUACUUUGAUAGAUUUACCACUCUGUUUCCUCUUGGUUCAUUCCUUGGGAAAAGACACUAUUCAAGAAUAUAAGGAUAAAGUGAAAAAAAUGAUUGGUUGGAACGCCAAAGACGAGAUUGAUAUAGCCAUCGAUGAAGAGAAGGAAAAUGAGAAAGUGAAGUUAUCGAAAACAUCAUCGAGUUGGGAAAAAUUUAAGAAAAGUCCCUUAUUGACUGAAUUUUUAAUUGCAUACGGAAUUCAUAAGAGUUUAAUCAUUGUUAGAAUUCCAUUAACUGCUGCAAUUACACCAUACACGGUUAGAUUACUAAAAGGUUGGGGAUUCAAUAUUGGGAAGGGUAAUAAGAUGCUUUCAACUAUUGGAGAAAAUGCAAAGAUGAGAUUCAAGACGAAGAAUCCAAAUGAUUUUAUAAAACCUGAUCCAACAAAUGCUAGUCAAAUUCGUAAGAUUACAGAUACAAAGGGACAUAAAUGGUUCAAUGGACUCAUGUAA